UCCCAGAAGCAUCACCUCCCAGGCACCUUGGAACUUUGGCUUGGACCACAGCCAAAGCUGCCCCCAGCGCCCUCCUCCUGCUAACUAGCCUGGGGGCCCCAUUUCUCUAAAGCCUGCAUCCCUCUCUCGGGGUGCACCCUGCCCCUCCCUGAGUCACCCCAGGAGAGAGGGGAAAAAAGGGAAGAGAAAAGAGGCAUUGACUACAGAGGAAGGAAAAGGAAACAGCAGAGGAGGGAGGAGAGCCACACGGGAGUGUGUGACAGCAGACAGCGGAGAGGGCAGAUCUGGGGCAGAUCUAGGGCUGGGGGAGGUAGCGAGGGCAGGGGAGCAUCCAGAAGGGUGCCCCAAGAGCAGGGCAGCGGGGGCGGGGAGCCGAGGGGGCGGGCCAGCCAUGUCCCACGGGACCUACUAUGAGUGUGAGCCCCGGGCUGGCCAGCAGCCUCUGGAGUUCUCAGGGGGCCGCCCAGGGCCUGGGGAGCUGGGGGACAUGUGUGAGCAUGAGGCCUCCAUUGACCUCUCUGCCUACAUCGAGUCCGGGGAGGAGCAGCUCCUCUCAGACCUCUUCGCAGUGAAGCCGGCACCUGAGACCCGAGGCCUCAAGGGCCCCGGAGCCCCUGCCUUCCCCCACUACCUGCCACCUGACCCUCGGCCCUUUGCCUACCCCCCACAUACCUUCGGCCCCGACAGGAAGACACUGGGACCUGGCAUCUACAGCAGCCCAGGGAGCUACGACCCCAGGGCCGUGGCUGUAAAGGAAGAGCCCCGAGGGCCAGAGGGCAGCCGGGGUGCCAGCCGUGGCACCUACAACCCUCUUCAGUACCAGGUGGCACACUGUGGACAGACGGCCAUGCAUCUGCCCCCAGCCCUGGCGACACCCAACCAGCCCCUGCGCGUCCUCAAGGCCCCUCUGGCCUCCGCGGCAGCCCCCUGCAGCCCCCUUCUCAAGGCACCCUCCCCAGCUGGCCCCUCGCACAAGGGCAAGAAGGCCGUGAACAAAGACAGCCUGGAGUACCGGCUGCGGCGGGAGCGGAACAACAUCGCGGUGCGUAAGAGCCGAGACAAGGCCAAGAGGCGCAUUCUAGAGACGCAGCAGAAGGUGCUGGAGUACAUGGCUGAGAACGAGCGCCUCCGCAACCGCGUGGAGCAACUCACCCAGGAGCUGGACACCCUUCGCAACCUCUUCCGCCAGAUCCCCGAGGCCGCCAGCCUCAUCAAGGGCGUGGGGGGCUGCAGCUGAGCCCGGCUGGUGGAUUGUGGGCACUGACUCCCUGUCUGGUCCAAUCCUGAGGACCCCCUCCCGGUGGGGGCCCUAGGUCCCCUCACAGGCGGAGCCUGAGGUAUAGACCAUGGACAAAUGGCAACGGGUGGCACAAUGGGGGGAAGCGGGAGGGGGGCAGAACCCAGCAUAUUAAUUCUGUGGCUGAAUAAAAUUGCACUAUGGCUUGG